UGCUUGGCUGAGGGGCAGGCAAGGUGCCUGCCUUCUCAGCUACGAAGGGCUCUGGAUUUGUACAGCUGCUGCUACUGGACUAUUUGCAAUCAUCCCUGGAGGGCUCCACUUCUUUGGCCACCCUGCCCCAGGCCUGAAGCUUGGCCCUACACAAACAGAGUAACCUUGAAGGAGUCCAAAAAGAAUGUGAUAGCUAAUGGCAAAGUGCCAGUAUGCUAUGAGGUAGGGCCCUUGUCCCUGCAGAAGAUGGCUGCAGAACUUUACUCUACCAGUGCUAAUACCAACAUCACAAACAGUAAUUCCACUACCACUGCCACCACAGUCACUGCAGCUAGUACCAAGAAUAGCUCCCUUCACCUUCAUCAAACAGCCCAAUCACCACCACCAGCACAAGUGCAAAAUCUUAACAACAACUUCGAGAGUACCAACUGGCAGUCAUUCUACCCCACUCUUCGAGAGAGGAAUGCAAUGAUGUUCAAUAAUGAACUCAUGGCUGAUGUACACUUUAUCAUUGGCCCUCUGGAGGCAUCAAAGCGGGUUCCUGCUCAUAAGUAUGUGCUGGCAGUUGGCAGCUCUGUCUUCUAUGCCAUGUUUUAUGGUGAUCUUGCAGAAGUCAAAUCUGAAAUCCAUAUACCUGAUGUGGAGCCUGCAGCUUUCCUCAUCCUGUUAAAGUACAUGUAUAGUGAUGAAAUUGACCUGGAAGCUGACACUGUGCUUGCAACUCUCUACGCUGCCAAGAAGUAUAUUGUUCCAGCUUUAGCAAAAGCUUGUGUCCAUUUUCUAGAGACUAGUUUAGAGGCGAAAAAUGCUUGUGUUUUGCUCUCCCAAAGCAGACUCUUUGAGGAACCGGAACUGACCCAGCGUUGCUGGGAAGUGAUUGAUGCUCAAGCAGAGAUGGCAUUAAGGUCAGAGGGCUUUUGUGAAAUAGAUCAACAAACGUUAGAGAUUAUCCUGAGCAGGGAAUCACUAAACACCAAGGAGGUAGUUAUCUUUGAAGCUGUUCUGAACUGGGCAGAAGCUGAAUGCAAAAGAGAAGGUUUGCCAAUUACACCAAGAAAUAAGAGGAAAGUAUUGGGAAGAGUUUUAUUUUUAGUACGAAUUCCAACUAUGACCCUGGAAGAGUUUGCCAAUGGUGCUGCUCAAUCAGAUAUUCUAACCCUGGAAGAAACACGCAGCAUAUUCCUGUGGUACACAGCUACCAAGAAACCACAGCUGGAGUUUCCACUGACAAAAAGGAAAGGCCUUGCUCCUCAGAGAUGCCACCGAUUUCAAUCAUCUGCGUAUCGGAGCAACCAGUGGAGGUACCGUGGACGAUGUGACAGCAUCCAGUUCGCAGUAGAUAAGAGGAUAUUUAUUGCAGGACUCGGAUUAUACGGAUCAAGCUGUGGGAAAGCUGAGUACAGUGUGAAAAUUGAACUUAAACGGCUAAAUGCUGUUCUUGCUCAUAAUCUGACAAAGUUCCUCUCAGAUGGAUCCAGCAAUACAUUUUCAGUCUGGUUUGAACAUCCAGUUCAAAUCGAACAAGACACGUUUUACAAUGUUAGUGCCAUCUUGGACGGUAAUGAACUUAGUUACUUUGGACAGGAGGGAAUGACUGAAGUUCAGUGUGGAAAAGUGACAUUUCAAUUCCAGUGCUCCUCAGACAGUACCAAUGGCACUGGGGUCCAAGGAGGACAGAUUCCAGAGCUUAUUUUCUAUGCGUGAGAUACUUUAUGAGAAUUGUAUUCCAAUACUGCUAUGCACAUGAAAGGGAUUUGUUCAAAACUAGAAAAUUCUACAGCUGUUUCAUGUUCAGCUAUUACAUUACUCUUAAAAUAGCAGCCUCUCAGACUAAGUGAAAGAAUGCUCUUGGAUUUAAUCCUAUUUUAUUUAUUCUGUAUGUAGACAACUAACUUGCAGAUUAUGGCUGACCUUGAAAAACUGUUCUAAAAUACAGCUGUUUAUGAACCCGUGAAAUAUAAAACAUUUUUCUUUACCCUAAAA